AGAGAGGACCGGACACUAUUUCAAGAGCACCGCUGAGCUCCGCAGUGCUGUCUGUCGGUGAGGAACAAACAACGAUUUAGCAAAUAUUUCACAGUGAACCGUGGAAUAAGUCACGUCACUGUUUGGAAACCCUCUGUUGCAAGUAAAACUCCUGCAUUCAUAAACAUACCUAACCAAAGUGCCAUGCAGUGCAAAGGUCUUCCCUGGAAGAGUGGUGAGUCUAAUAUCUACGUUAACAGGGAGAUGGCGCUGCGAGCCUGUGGCUUCAUAGUGUUUCGUCGUCUCGCCAGUUGUGUCCCUCCAGACAACAUCGAGUACCUCCUCCUGCAGACCUCUUAUGGGCAGCACCACUGGACCCCACCCAAAGGUCAUGUGGAUCCGGGCGAGGACGACCUUACCACAGCCCUGAGGGAGACCAAGGAGGAGGCGGGGUUUGGAGAGGAGCAGCUGAAGGUUGUUGACGGAUUUUUGCAGGAGCUGCGCUACGAGGUGCGAGGCAAACCCAAAGAGGUGCUGUACUGGCUGGCCGAGCUGAGAGACACAGGAACAGCUGUGACUCUGUCUGACGAGCACCAGGACUACCGCUGGGCCCGGCUGGAGGAGGCCUGCACUCUGGCCCAGUACAAAGACCUGCAGGACACUCUGAGAGCAGCAAGCACACACCUGCAGGACAAAAAGCAAUGAACCCAAAUGUACACACGGCAGAAGGGAUGGUAAAAGAAGGGGAAGCGUCUGCUGGUAUGAGGGACCUCAGACUUUGGUUUAUCAGAGCACUAAUGUAACAGAGUGUCUCUACUGUAUAAGGUAAAGCUGAGUAUAUUCUCUUUUUUAUAAGACAAAGGUUAAAUUGAAGAAAAGAUACAACGCUACAUGAUUCUAAAAUAAAUUGACUACCCUAGUUUUGAAUACAUAAAUGUGAACAAGUAAAUAAACCAUAACAUAAAGCAAGGAGACAGUUACUCACUUACUUACUGGAUACAAAUACAAUGUAAGUAGUAGAUGCUGCCACAGGGUGGCGACAAAACAAGCAAUAUCUUUGAUGUACAUUGGUCACCAAAGAUUACAAAACACUGCAAGCUGUAGAAACACAACCCAGAUGUGCAAUGAGCUCAGAAACAGUCUCAGGCCUUUUUUCAGCUCUCAGUAUCCAAAUAAAAGCGAGAGAUACAUCAAU